AUGUCCACUCCAAGUCAGGGCAAAGACGACGAUGAGCCUGGCGACUUACAUUUAUCAUUAAAGGGCCUCACUGGCGACGGGGCUCUUCCUGAAACGGCAACACUCGAUACACCAUUGAACGGAUGGGUCUCUAUGGACCCUCCUUCAAUCAGUGAGGCACUUCAUGGAGAGUCCGUUAUCGCGUUUCCGGAGUUCGCAACGAGAUUGCCGCUCUCAACGCCCACCGAUCGACAAUUUGGCGAAUUUGGCAAUGAUAAAAGAUCUUGCGCAUGCUUUGGGUCAACUUUACAAGCCUUGGAAAAGGCCCAGAGGACUGAUCUACAAUCCUUGGGCCUGGAUGUCGCACUCCGACAUAACAAAGAUGCGUUGCUCACAAUGCUCUACUGUGCACGACAGCACUACCCGACUCCUCAUUCUAAUACUUUUACGAAAAUCCCUUAA